AUGGAGAACUGCAACUUACUGAGUUGGAAUGUUAGAGGUAUAAAUAAGAAAAAUAAGCAGAUAGUUCGAUUUUGUAUCACUGGCCAAGAUUUUUGUCUUACUGUGGUAUAUGGUUCUAAUCAAUUGGAGACUCGGAAGGAGCUUUGGUUUGAGUUGGCUAAUUUACCAUUUCCAGUUAAACCUUGGAUUAUUGUUGGAGAUUUUAAUGCAGUGUUUGAUCCCAAUGACAGAAAGGGUGGUAGGAGUGUUACUAAGAAAGAGAUUGUUGAUGCUAGAAAUUGGCUUGAUCUUGGUUUGGUAGAAGAACUGCAGAUAAUGGGCUCAUUUUACACUUGGUCUAAUAAUCAAGAUGGGGAUAAUCGUAUCUACUCUAAAUUGGGCAGGGUUUUUAUCAAUGAGGGAUGGCUGGAUGCUUUUCCUACUGUUACAACAACUACUCACUGGGAGGUGACCUCUGAUCAUUGUGUCAUUCUUUUGAAACAAACAGGAAUUCUUAAUGAGGGUAUCACUCCUUUCCGGUUCUAUAACAUGUGGACUGCCCAUCCUCAGUUCAGGGGUACUGUUUUGACAAACUGGAACAAGGCUUUGAGAAUUGAGGGGCAUGGUUUGGAUCAGAUUUCUCGAAAACUCCUUCGUCUUAAGCACAAGUUGAAGAAGUUUAACUGGAGGAUUAUUGGAGAUGUGGCCAGGAAGUAUGAGGACACUAAAGCUGAUUAUCAAAAGACUAAAAUUAAUCUUUUCAAUGACCCUCAAAAUCAAAGUCUUUGCUCAGCUGAAAGAACCUCCUUUUUGAGGUUUAAAAGACGAGACAAUUUAUGGAAGAAAGCCAACAGAAUAGCAUCUUAUGUAACAGCAGAUGGCCGAGUUGAGGAUAACUAUCCAAAGGUGGUUAGUCAUUUCGUUGAUCAUUUUAAAGUUGUUCUGGGUUGUCCCAAUAAAGCUACUGGAUGUAUUGACCUUGCCAUAACUUAUAUGGGUCCAAGUUUGAGCUUUGAAGACCAGGUGAAGUUAAUUAAACCGUUUUCAAGCCAUGAAGUUAAGGAAGCUUUAUUCAGCAUUAGCUCCAUUAAGAGUCCUAGCUCUGAUAGUUUUGGGACUGGGUUCUUUAAAAGCUUAUGGAAAUACAUAGGGAAGGAGGUGUCUAAGGCAAUAAUAGAAUUCUUUGAUACAAGUCAUAUCCCUAAAUCUCAGAAUAAUGCUAUCCUUACCCUCAUUCCUAAGGUUGAUCAGCCGACUACUGCAGCUGAGUAUAGACCGAUUGCCUGCUGUACCACCAUCUACAAAUGCAUCUCAAAAAUGCUCUAUCACAGGCUGGUUGGUAUUCUUCCUAAAUUGAUCAACCAGAACCAAGGGGGUUUUAUUAAGGACAGAUCUCUUGCUCAUAAUGUUCUUAUUCUUCAAGAUCUCAUUAAGGGAUACAAAAGGAAACAUAGUUCACCCCGAUGUCUGAUGAAAAUUGAUUUGAGCAAAGCCUAUGAUUCCAUAGAUUUGAAUUUCUUGGAGAACUUGCUGAAAGCCUUAAGAUUUCCUGGUUGUUUUAUCAGAUGGGUCAUGAUCUGUAUGAGAGGCUCCUCUUACUGUCUAAUGAUGAAUGGUCGGCUUCAAGGUAGUUUUCAAGGUGGUAAAGGUCUUCGUCAAGGUGACCCCAUUUCACCUUUGUUGUUUGUAAUAGUUAUGGAGUACCUUACCCGAUCCCUUUUUCAAGCUACUAAGGAAAAAGGUUUCAAGUUUCAUCCUUUAUGCAAAAGCUUGAAUAUAAUUAGUCUUUGUUUUGUUGAUGACCUUCUUAUUGUUUGCAAAGCUAAUACUAGCUCUAUUCAGAUUAUUCAACAUACAUUGGAUGAUUUCUCCUCUACUUCAGGGCUCCUUAUCAAUAAAAAUAAGUCUAGAAUUUAUUUUGGUGGUGUUUCGGUUUCAGAUAAAAGCGAUCUGCUGAAGCUUACUCAGCUGGCUGAAGGGGAGUUUCCUUUGAUCUAUCUUGGGCGUUUCCAGCUGAUUCAAACUGUUUUGUUGAGCAUUAGGAACUACUCGAUGAGUAUAUUUCUCUUACCUCAGAGUAUCAUUAAAGAGAUUGACCACCUCUGUAGAAUGUUUUUAUGGGGAGGAAAAGGUACCAGGAGCAAGUUUCAUCUUACCUCUUGGGAGCAAGGGACUGAGAUUUGGGAUUAUAUUUUUCACCAAGAUUCAAGUUGGUAUUGGAAAAAACUGAUCAAGAUAAGUAAGUCACUGUCUAUUUCUCUGCUGGACUCAGUAACAGUUCAGGGAAAGCUGAAAUUAAACAGGCUUUAUUAUUUGCUCCUUCCUGGCAAUCCAAACCCAAGUAUGAAAUCUGUCUGGUACAAUAUUUCUAUGCCUAAGCACAGAUUCAUUUUGUGGCAAGUUGUUCAUCAAAAGUUGCCCACUAGUGAUCUCUUGCAUCACUGUCACAUGUCUCUACCUUCUCUGGUGUGCCCAAUCUGCGAGCUUGAAGAUGAAACUCAUUCUCAUGUUUUCUUUGAGUGUGUCUUUUCUAAGAGAGUGGUUCAGCUUGUUUUUGAGUGGUUGCAUGGUCUCUAUUGGCCCUCACAUUUUAUUGACUGUUGUAAGUGGCUGUCUGCAGACAGGAAAAGCUUUAGGGACUGGAUCAUUGUAGCUGCUCUUGCUGCUUCUAUUUAUCACAUCUGGUAUACCCGAAAUAGUUGCUAUUUUGACAGCAGCUGUUUCACAGUUUGUUCUAUUGUUAAUAUGAUUAAAACCUCUGUAAUAGGUAGAAUUCUUGGUCUUAAACUUAGAUCCAAGAAUUUGUCUUCCAAAGCUAAACUCAUGAUUGAGUUUAUUGUUAGCUUGUAA